AUGGCCCCCUCAAAAGAAGUAGCCGUUGUCGGCUCUAAUGAGAUUGUCUCUAUAAGCCAUGACCAGACUAUGAAGGCCUCUAAGGCUCUCCUUAGCCACAUCAAAAAGGCUGCCAAAGAAUCUGCGGAGGACCCCGCGGCCAAGAAAAAUCUGCUCGCCGACGACGAUGCAGACGAGACGGCCGAUACACCCGUCUGGCUGAACCUGACGACCAAGCGCCACAUCACCGACAAGCCCAGGCUGCAACCCGGCAAGAUUGCGCUGCCGCACAGCCUCCAUGCCGGCGACGAGACUCUGUCGGUGUGCCUCAUUACCGCCGACCCGCAGCGCGCGUACAAGGACAUUGUGGCCGGCGAGGAGUUCCCCGAGGACCUGCGCAAGCGCAUCGGCCGCGUCAUUGGCGUGACCAAGCUCAAGGCCAAGUACUCGCAGUACGAGGCCCAGCGCAAGCUGUAUUCCGAGCACGAUAUUUUCCUGGGCGACGAACGCAUCAUAAACCGCCUCCCCAAGAUCCUCGGCAAGACUUUCUACAAGACCACCACCAAGCGCCCCAUCCCCGUCGACCUGCAGGCCAAGGUGCCCAAGGUAAACGGCAAGCGGGCGAAGCCGGCCAAGAAGACGGACGGCGAGCGCGCAGUCAACGCCGGCACCCCCGCGCAGAUCGCCAAGGAGGUGUCCAAGGCCAUCGACUCCGCGCUCGUCAGCCUGGUGCCCGGGACGAACACGGCGAUACGCAUCGGCUACGCCAGCUGGACCGCGGACCAGAUCGCCGACAACGUCGAGGCCGUGGCCGCCGCCCUCGUGGAGAAGUGGGUGCCGCAGAAGUGGCGCAACGUCAGGAGCAUCCACAUCAAGGGCCCCCAGACGGUCGCCCUGCCCAUCUGGGUGACGGACGAGCUGUGGGUCGACGACAAGGACGUCGUCGCCGACACCGAGGAGACAAAGGCCAACAUCAGCAAGAAGCGCAAGGCGCUCGCUGGUGAGGAGCCCCAGGCCGCCUCGCCCGCCGCCAAGAAGACCAAGAAGGUCGAUUCCGCUGGCAAGCACAAGCCGACGAGCGACGACGCGAAGCUCGACACGCAGAUUGCGGAGCGAAAGGCGAAGCUGCGCAGCGCCAAGGCCCGAGUGAGCAAGGCAACGGAGUAA